CCUCCCUCCCUCCUGAAGCCCCGAAAGGAGUCCGGGCUCGGAAGCAGCCCCCUCCCUUUGAGGCUGCAGCUUCGCCCUGUCUUGGGAACCGGACCAAGGAGACGCCCCCUCCCCCCCCAGGCAAAGUGUCCAAUGAAGCUUGACAACAAGGCUGGAAGCAAACUAGAUUCUUGGCAACAAGGCUUGAUACGUGGCUACAAAAGACAAUAAGCAAGAACAGGGUCCGUGGCGAGGUCCGUGGAACAAGGAAAGCUUGAUGCUAGAACAAGACCUGAAACUCCGCAGAUGGGGAAAAGGCUGUCUCUGUGAGGAGUGGAAAGAGGUCUUCCUUGCACUGAGGGGCCCUAGCUCUUCCAGAAUGAUGGACAGCAGCCUCUUCCUCUUCCUCCUCCUUCUGAGGGGGGUCCCAGGUGGAGGCCUCCCCCUCCCAGCCCUGGUUGCCCUGACCCAUCCUGUCAGCAGGUUGUGUUGAAGCAAAACUGGGGGCGUCCGUCCCUGUCUGGAGAGGAAACCCACCACCCGCCCUGAUCCAGAGAUGGAGGGCAAGCUCGGGGGGUCUUCCAGCGCAGGUUGCGCUGUGCCAGGGCACGAGAUGGUGGUCAAAGAGGAACCAGAGGACGAGUUGUGCAUUGAAUGCCCGCUGAACCCCCCAGGGCCAGAAAAGAAGAUGCAUUUUGGCCCCACGGCUGGCAUCCAGAGGGAAUUUGCCGUGAAGACGGAGCUGGAGGACAGUUUGCACAGCAAAGGAUCCUGGGAGGACAGCGACAGAGAGUCUGGCAGUGACACAGAUUCCUCUGAUCCCAGGCCUGACGUCAUUGUGAAGAUGGAGCUGGAGGAAGAGGCCCCCGACUUCCAAUGUUCCCCCAGGCCCAACCCCGACCCAUGUGGGGGCCAUAGCGUUAAUUUGGGCGCCCAGGUGGCUGCCAGCCCGAUGGCGGAAAGCAGGCCUUCUCCUUCUGUGGGGUCCAGUGACCCUGGGAAGAGGUCCCUUCCUCCCAGUAUGAGUGCCCCGGAGGACCCCGAGUGCCCGGCCACCAAGACCUACACGGCGGCCGAGCGGCCCUUCGCCUGCAGCGUGUGCGGCAAGCGCUUCCAGCACCGGGGCAACCUGAUCACCCACCUGCGGGUGCACACAGGGGAGAAGCCCUUCCCGUGUUCCGAGUGCGGAAAGUGCUUCAGCCAGAAGGGGGACCUGAUGCGCCACUUGCGCAUCCACACAGGAGAGAAGCCCUUUGAGUGCUCAGUCUGCGGGAAGAGCUUCUGCUCCAAGCAGACCUUUGUCCUGCACCAGCGCAUCCACACAGGCGAGAAGCCCUACGCCUGCCAGGAGUGCGGCAAGGCCUUCAACCGCAAGGCCAACUUCCUUACUCACCAGAAGAUCCACCGGGGUGAGCGGCCCUUCGUCUGCAGCGAGUGUGGCAAGGGCUUCUGCGCCAAGAAGACCUUCCUCCUCCACCAGAAAAUCCACGCGGGCGACCGGCCCUUCGGUUGCCCCCAGUGUGGGAAGAGCUUCAGCCGCAACGGGGACCUCACCCGCCACCAGCGUAUCCACACCGGGGAGCGGCCCUUUGCUUGCGCUGACUGCGGCAAGCGCUUCAGCCACAACGGGGAGCUGAUCAAGCACCGGCGCAUCCACACGGGUGAGAAGCCCUUCACCUGCCUGGAGUGCGGCAAGAGCUUCAACCGCAAGGGCACCCUUAUCACCCACCAGCGCAUCCACACCGGGGAGCGGCCCUUUGCUUGCGCCGACUGCGGCAAGACCUUCAACCUCAAGACCACCCUCAUGAAGCACCGGCGCAUCCACACGGGCGAGCGCCCUUAUGCCUGCCUGGAGUGCGGCAAGAGCUUCAAGUACAAAGGCAACCUGCGCACCCACCACCUCACCCACACUGUGGAGAGGGUCUACCCCUGCACUGAGUGUGGAGUCAUCUUCAACCGGCGGAAGGAGAUGAAGGCCCAUGUGGCGGCCCACGCAGGCGGACGGCUGCUCCCUCGCUACACCACGGACCAUGGCCAGGGCCUGCCCCCCUUCCUGCAGGCGCAUGGCCCCCUCCUGCUCUCCUGUGCCCCGCUUCAGGUCCCCCUUGGGAGCCUGACCAAAUUCAAACAGGAGGCCGGCUGCAAAGAGAUUGGACUCGGGGACGCAGGCACUUAGCAGCACUGGGUGGAGUGGGGCAGGGCGAGGGUGCUAGAAAAUGGGUGCUAUUUUAAUUUAUUGUUGGUCAUCCCAGCCAGAUUGGCAGCUGAGGAAGACCUUCUGGUCCUGAGGAGUGGACAAGCUGCAACUAACGUACAUUAUACUCAGAUACAACUGCAAUUAGGAACAUCAGAACUGAAAAUGUGCCCGUGGGUCUCUCCUAUGGCUGAGACCCAGGCUCUUAGGGCACGUUUGUGGAUGUUUGUGAUCCUUUAUUAUGUCAAUGGUCCAAUGGUUUCCUCUUCUCAGUCUUCCUCCAGAACACAGUUUCUGUUUCGAUUGUUGGGCAGCUCAGCAAAUAAUGCACUUCCCUGAAGAUGCCAGCCACAGAUGCAGGUGAAAUGUCAUAAGAAUAUGCUGCUAGAACACAGCCAGUCAGCCUGGAAACCACAUAACACUCCAAUGCACUUCCCCAUUGAUCUUGCGCAGAGUUCAGGUGGGGUGUAGCUGCUAUUUGCUACAGGCCAGUGAUGGG